GAUAUACCUGAACGUUAUAGAAUAUGGCGGCCGUCGUUUAUUGGUACUUUAACUCAACACCGUAUUUUCUGGUGUCACACUGUAUUGGUACAUUUGAAAAUUUUCGUUCUUUAAAUUUACAUAAUUGGGAGUUACUCUGUUGAAGUAAUUAAUUAUAAUUUGUUUCCUGCCUUUGCGACGUUGUAAAUCUGAUUUGUUUCUGUGCAGGAUAGUAUUGCUAUCUAGUGUUAGAUUAUCACAUCCGCUACAGACCACAUUUUUGUUCACGUGAACUUGUGAACAUGGACGAAGAAUGGGAUGCUGACACUUUCGAACGGAAAGAAAUUAAAACGGCGCCUUCUGUGGGUGCCAAUAAGUGGGAAGGAGAGGAUGAAGACGAAGACGUAAAAGAUAACUGGGAAGAUGAAGAGGAAGAAGAGAAGAAGGAUGUAGAAAAACAGGAAACUGCAAAGCCCGUCUUGCCGAAAAAGAACAAGAAAGCAUUAGCAGAAAAAAUUGAAGAGAAAGAACAAAAACUCCGUGAAGAUGCAGAGAGGAAGGUGAAAGCAAGAGAAGAAGAAAAAGAGGAAUUAACAGCAGAGGAAAUACUUGCAGAAAAAAUGCUUCAGCAGAAGUUGCAGGAAGAAUCUGAUUUGCGGGUAGCUCUCGAGACUUUUGGUAUUCCCGAAACCAGCGCCAAUACGGGUAUAGAUGCAAUGAAUCCAAGCAGUAAGGAAGAAUUUGAUGAGCUCCAAAUAGCAAUAUCCAAAAAAAUUCAGUUGUACAUGAAGUCACCACAUUUUUCAGAGUUUGCAGAAGACUUGAUUCGGAAUAUAUGUGUAAAUCUAGGAUCAUAUGACCUGAAGAAAUUAAAAACGACGGUAGAGAAUAUGUUCCUAGAGAAAUCUAAAGCUGAGAAGGGGGAUAAGGCAAAGAAAAGCAAAGGAAAAGGAAAAGUUAAACUUAAAGUUGAAGGUGAACAUGCCAUUGUUAACGAAUAUUCUUAUGGGGAUUAUGAUGAUUAUGAUGAUUUCAUGUAGUAUUGAUGACUUAAUAUGGAAUUCAAUCAUAUCCAGCUCUCAAACAUGAAUUUGUCAAGAAUCUGUACCAGGUUCUUGUUAUUUGUGAAGUAAUUUGAUUGAACUGAAGAUGCACACACAAACUGUUGAUAUUGAAAAUAAAUAUGAAAUAGCUGGUAAUGCUUGGUGUAGGUUUUUCCCAGCUAAUUGAUAUGUUAAUGUGGCGUGUUUUAUUUUAAAACUGAACUCACAUUUUUUAAGAAUGUUUUUGAGGAUUUGGAAGAAAAUAUAAGCAUGACAGUGAACUAAGGUAAUAAAGAAAUAAAUUAUGUUAA